UUUCACACACUCGACCAUAAUGAAAAAAAAAUUAUAAAAAAGACACCCUGAUCAUAUUUUAACCAUUGAUCUUAAAAAAAAAUCCUAUAUUUUCGGCGAUACUUUGUAUAUCGAUUCGAAUUCUUUUUAAAUGUUAUUUCCGUUGGGAAGUGUGACAAAAAUAACAAAACAACGCAUAUGAUAGAUAUAAGUAAAACGUUGGGAAACUAAAGUAAACAGAUAAAUGUCAAAUGCAAUUAUAAAACGCAACAUAACCGCAAAGACAAAAUAAUCAUUUUUUAUAGUAAAACGUAACUGAUGAAAGCACAAUGGAUAAAAUUUUAAUAAAUUCAUUGAUAAUAAGCCGGCGUCUAGUACGUAAACCAUUAACAACGUACCGAUAUCCAAAAAUCCUGAUAAAUUCUACCUUACAUACGUAUGCACGCAGUAACACUUGUAUGCUAAAAUCAUGCCUGCUUUCUCCUACAAAACAAUUUGGUGUUAUCGAUACGCAGAAACGUAAUAUGUUCAUUCAAACUCAAGACACACCGAAUCCUAAUAGUUUAAAGUUUCUGCCUGGAGUUAAUUUACUCGAACAAGGUCAAACAAAGGAUUUCCCUAAUGCCACGGAAGCAUAUUGUUCACCGCUUGCAAAAAUGUUGUUCCGAGUCGAAGGAGUAAAAUCUGUAUUCUUUGGGUUUGAUUUUAUUACAAUUACAAAAGUGGACGAGGACGUUGAAUGGAAAUUAUUAAAGCCAGAAAUAUUUGCAGUUAUUAUGGAUUUUUUUGCGAGUGGUUUGCCAGUUUUAAACGAAAAUCAACCUGCAGCAGAUACUCAAGUCAGCGAGGAUGAUGAUGAAAUAGUGCAAAUGAUAAAGGAACUGUUAGAUACUCGUAUACGACCAACAGUUCAAGAAGAUGGAGGUGAUAUUGUAUUCGUGGGUUUUGAAGAGGGCAUAGUAAAGUUAAAAAUGCAAGGUUCUUGCACAAGCUGUCCAAGCUCUGUGGUUACUUUAAGGAACGGAGUUCAAAAUAUGAUGCAGUUUUAUAUUCCAGAGGUUCUCGGAGUGAUUCAAGUAGAAGAUGAAACUGAUCAUAUAGCAAAAAGAGAAUUUGAAAAGUUUGAAGAAAAAAUUGUGAAGUCUGAACACGACAAGAAAGAAUAGAUCUUUCAAUCGUAGUCUAGUGAUUGUAUAAAAGUUUCAUGUAAAUAAAUAAAU